AUGAUUAGAACACCGGUAAAACGCAACAAAACAACCGAUAAAGAAAACAACAAUCUGAAUCCAGAAGAAAUAGUGAACUUAGAUGAGACCAAUGAUAAUUUAGAAACAGUAACUGUUCCAACAAUAUCUUCUGCUCCAACUACAUCUUCUGCCCCGAAUAUACCUUCUAUACCAAUUAUAUCUUCUACCUCAAUUCAAUCUCCGGCUCCAAUUAUAUCACUAGCUCAAAUUACACCAACUAUCUCAACUCAAACCACACCAUCGGUUCAAACUUUAGUUACAGCAUCAAUUCAACCAUUAGUUCUCCCAAAAAGCUCGAAAAUAUCGACAAGACUUUCUACAGCAGAUAACUACGUCCUAACAUUUUCAGAUCCAAACAUAAGAAAUUCAACCAUGCAAAUAAAAGCUGAUAAUUAUCAACAACCAAGAAAUCAAGAAGAAAUUGAUGAUAUGAAUUUAUUUUUUAAUAAUUUGAAAACAGCUGUACAAGAAGCUCAACCAAUAAAAUCAAAAAUAGAGGGAAUCCUAAAGAAAAGAAAAAUUACCGACAUAUUUGAUCAAAACGUCAGACUCUCAACCAUACCAACACCUUCUGAAACAUCAUUCAUGAAUUAUAAUCCAACACCAGAAAGAGUACGAACAACUACUGUUAGAUUCAUUGAUCAAUUAAAUAUACCUACUACAAUUGAAGAAAUCUCUGACUCAGAAUCAUCACAAAUAAACAUAACGGUUCCAAACGUUAAUCUCGUUACCCAAACUCAAACUCAAAGAAACCAAUUAGAUCAAACUGGAACAAUAACUUCAAGUUGUCAAUCUACAAACAACUUAAAUCAUUCAAAUCGAAACUCUCAACGUAUCAAUAAUGACAGCAACAACUUUCAACAAUUUGGUUCAGAUGAGCAAACUAAUGUGUCGCAUUAUAUUCAUACUGAUACAAAUACUUUUUAUAAAACUCAUGAUAAUCCUCCACCCGUUUAUUCUUGUAAUCCUCCACCAAUUAAUCCCAAUCUUUCGUGGUAUUCACCCCAACCAAAUUAUUCUCAGGAAUAUUACCACCCAAACGCUAUUAAUCAUGCUCGAGACAUGCCUCAACCAGGCAUAACACACUCUACACGUUAUACAAGCCUUCUUCAAGAUACUUCAAAUCCAAACUACACUCGACCAAAUAAUGCAAAUUAUUCUCAAGAUAACCAAUCAAACACUGCUAAUUAUGCUCGAGAAAUGCCUCAACCAAGCAUAACACGCAUUACACGUCCUAUACGUCCUACAAGUUUUGCCCAAGAUUUUCCAAAUCUUAACUAUAAUCAGUCACAAUUACAACCGAAUUAUUUUGAUUAUCAACAACCAAUAAGACGCAAUCAAAAUGAGCCAUUUGUACAACCAGACCGUUAUCCUAUGCCAAACAGAAAUAAUUUUCCCAAUAAUCCAAUCGCGUCGAAUUCUUCCAUUGAAACUCAUAGUUCUCCAAUUUCAAUAAUUAAUCCACAACAUGUACACACACAAUCAAUCAGAAGUAAUCAAUCUAUUCAAAAUGAUCUAAAUACAACAAGUCAGCUACCAAUACGUAAACAAUUUUUAAAUCGCCUCCAAACAAUACCCAAAUUCGAUGGAGCAACCCACAAAGAAUUAGUUGAUUUUAUUGAUAUCUGUGACACAUUAUAUCAAUCAUGCAUGAACGAAUACGAAGAAUCCGAAUUCUACGAGCAAAUGGCACUUCAGCUAAGAGGAGAAGCAAGACAG